AGGAAAAAAAGGAAAAAAGAGCUUAGAAUUCUCGAGAGAUUUUGUGUCUACAAGGACUACGAGUUGGAGAGGGAGGAUGUCAUCAAUUUCUUGCUCUCGUGGUCUCCGUCCUAAUUCGAACUUCUUCAGAUUCUAUCCAUACGGUACAGGGACGUUCUCUGCUAAGGAGGACAUGAGAGAGGAGGUCAUACGACUAGGAGUUGACCUCUCACUCUGUGUAGCUGAAUCCAUGUUCUUGCUGUGUGAUGACAUUCGUACUUUGUUGUGGUUCGGCUACACGUUAUGGAUACGCAUAGUACCACGCUCCUCUCCCGUGUCUCAAAGGCUGGUCCAUGUUUUUGGUGAGGUAUACUCUAAACAUAUCGAACCCAAGAAUGGAGUUUACCAGGAGGAUGUUGCCUACUCGGUUCAGUUUGGAUUGAUCAAGACCCUUUGGAAGGAUUUUGCUGAAGGGGUCAUGGUCUUGCAUCGCCUUGUUCUCCUUCUCAGAAGGAAAGAUUGCUACUUUGAUGAUCGACUACUCUCUUCGGCUCUUGCAAAAUUCAAGCUACUGCUCAAGACGCUUCAGGAUAAAUUGAGGUCCGCAAAACAUGUGUCAGAGGCGAACGGGUUUGCGAGGGAGGCGAUAGAGUCUAACAUUUCUUUCUUGUGGAAGUCUCUCUUCGUUGACACUGCUGAUGAGUCUCUCUCUGUGACAACCCUAGACGACCUAUUUCAGCCUAUUCUUGUUGGUAAAUACAGGCCAAGCGAGAUAGUGAGGCUGCCCGCACCUUCUCCUUAUAUUCUAGGGAAUGAUUUUGCAAUGCAGGAGCUGAAAGAGGAGGUUUUGCGACUAGGUGUUGAUCUCUCGCUACAUGUGGCUGAAAUAAUGUUCUUGCUCUGUGAUGACCUUCGUACUAUGGUAGCAUUCUUCUACCAGUUAUCGAUGUAUAGUGACAGAAGGGACCUGAAACCUGAUAGCCCCGUGGGGGAAAGGCUAUAUCGUGUUGUUCGUGAUGUCUACUCAAAACAUAUCAUACCAAAGAAGCUAUUGUAUUACAAAGGUAGCCAGUCGGUCCACCGCAGACUGAUUAUGACGACGUGGGCGACUUUGAGAGUGGGAAUAAGAGAUCUGGACCUCCUUGUUAAGAAUCUCAGAACUGGAAAAGGGUUUAGGUAUGGCCGCGAGUCCACGCGGGUCAUUGAAGAAUCGCUGAAGAAGUUAGAGGAGCAGUUGAGUUCUACCAAGGAUGCUUCAGAGGCGCACGGGUUUGCUAGGGAUGCAAUGGAGUCCAGCAUUUUCGAUUUGUGGAAGUCGCUCUUUGACAAAGAAACCCAGGUACCAUCAUGUGCUCUCGUUCCAGAGCAGGGACCCGCAUUAGCUACUACUAGCCUAAACUAAUGCAACUUCCAAGAUGCUUGGUAUUGAAUGCUUAUAAUGAAAUCUGGUUCGAAUCUUAGUAUAAUAUCUCUAGUCAUGUGUGACAAAAUCUGCGAAGACUAGCUACUAUAUGUUGUUUUCUUAUCCCUUUCUUUACGACAUCUUUAUUUCUGCUUCUGAAUGUUUAAAUGACAUAAAUACAUUUUCAUGGAAAUCUAUGGAUUCAAACUUGUGAGUUCCAUUAAUUUGAUACGACAACAAACCGGGAAAAGAUACA